AUGGGAGGUGGGGCCGGAGAGUAUGGGUGGCAGCCUCCAAGGAGGGGUUGUUUGAAACUUAACUAUGAUGGUGCAGCCUCUGAUAGUUCAAAUCGAUAUGGAGUUGGUUUUGUUGUGAGUGAUAAAGCUAUAAUAAUCUGUUGGUGUCUACUUCGCAGUUACCUUGAUAGUUCUGGAGUUAGCGGUGAGAUUCCAUCAACAUUUGCUAAUCUACAAAGCUUGCAGACACUUUGGGCAUCAGAUGUUGAACUCUCUGGCAGUAUACCUAACUUCAUAGGAAAUUGGUCAAAGCUUACUUCCUUGAGGUUUCAAGGAAACUCCUUUGAAGGUCCUAUACCAUCUGCACUUUCCAAUCUGACUUCUCUGACAGAGCUGUAUAUAACUGACUUAUCUACUACCAAUGGGAGCUCUUCUCUUGGGUUUAUUAAGGAUAUGAAGUCUCUAUCUGUCUUAGUGCUAAGAAAUAACAACAUUUCUGAUUCAAUUCCUUCCAACAUUGGAGAAUACCAAAGUUUAUCUCAGCUGGACUUGAGCUUCAACAAUCUAACUGGACAAAUACCAGACUCGCUGUUUAACUUGAGUUCUCUUUCCAUCCUGUUUCUUGGAAACAAUAAGUUGAAUGGUACUCUACCUGAAUCUAAAAGCUCAUCUCUUCUCAAUGUUAAAAGACAGCAGAAGGCAGAAAAGAUUUGGUCGUUUCGAUCUCCUGUUCAGAACCAGACGCCAUCGUCGUCAUCGGGCAGCAACUCGAGGAUAUUGAGGCUGUUUGGGGUGAACUUGGAGUGCCAGCAGCAGGAUGAUGAGUCCGAACCAUCCACACCAGAUGGGUCGUCUUUGUCAAGCCAGGGUCCAACCCACCACCAGUUCUAUCCUAAUCCUACUCAUGCUUAUUAUGGAGACCACAAGCUAUAG